ACUAUGGAGGUGAAGAAUGAGACAACAAUUCAGGAAUUCGUUCUGGAGGGGUUUCCUGCCGUCCAGCACCUGGGGAAGUUUCUUUUCCUGGUGCACCUGCUGGCGUACCUGGCCUCCAUCACGGGAAACAUGGUGAUAAUCACCAUCACCUGGGUUGACCAUCGCCUCCAGACGCCAAUGUAUAUUUUCCUCAGCACUUUCUCCUUCUGUGAAAGCUGUUUUAUCACCACAGUUAUUCCUACCCUGCUCUCCAUCUUUCUUUCAGGAAGGCAGACAAUUCCCUUUACUGCUUGUCUCACACAAGCCUUUGCUUUUCUAUUUCUUGGGUCAAUAAUUUUCUUCCUCAUGGCUGUGAUGUCCUUGGAUCGACACCUGGCCAUCUGCAAGCCUCUGCGCUACCCAACCGUCAUGAACUUGAGGGUUAGUUUCCUCCUGGUUUUCUUUUGCUAUACUUUGUCCUUUAUCUUCAUCACUGGACUGCUGGUCCAGGUUUCCCAGUUAUCCUUCUGUGGCCCCAAUGUCAUCUCUCAUUUCUUCUGUGACCUUGGCGCCUUAAUUCACCUCUCCUGUUCUGACACCAGAUCUGUUGAAAUAUAUAUCUUCUUCCUUGCUUUACUUGUGAUUCUGAUAGCCCUCAUUUUAACCUUCAUUGCAUACAGCAACAUAAUAGUCACAAUCGUGCGUCUCCCGUCAGCCAAGGAGCGACAGAAAGCUUUUUCCACCUGCUUAUCUCACCUCAUUGUCCUCUCUCUGAUGUAUGGCAGCUGUGUCUUUACAUAUGUGAAACCAAAGCAAACGAACCGGCUGGAUUCGAACAGGGAGGCUGCCCUUGUGAACACGGUGGUGACCCUGCUGCUGAACCCUGUCAUCUACACUCUGCAAAACAAGCAGAUCCACCAGGCUCUGAGGAAGACUCUGUCCAGGAUGAGACUGUAGGAAUAGAGUCAUAGAGCUUUGGAGGGUAAAUGGAUCUUCUUGCUCUUCUAGUUCAGUUUCCUCUAUAGAAUCUCUGUGUAUGGUGAUCUACUUUAUGCUCAUUUUCAGCUAGAUGGGGACUAUCUCAUUUUGCAAUUCAAUACCUUCUACAAUUUGAAAACUCAGAUGAGUUAUCUACAUUGUGAUGAGCAAUAUCUUCUUUGCUUUUUCUAUUCAUUGAUCUUAUAUGAAUUCAAUUCAAACAAUAUUUAUGGAGAGCCUAGUAUACAAGUCUUUAAGCUAAGAAUAAAAA